AUGGCAUCAAAUCUCUCACAAAAUCGUUGCCUCAAGAUCGUCACCCACGCGGCGAAGAACAAGUACGCAGUUCCCGCCAUCUGCUGCUACAACAUCGAGUCCAUAAUCGCGAGCGUCAAAGCCGCUGAAGCCAAGAAAUCACCCGUCAUCGUCCAGCUCUUUCCAUGGGCGAUCCACUUCGCAGGCGGCAUCCUCGUUCACGCGGCAAAGGAGGCCGCGGACAAUGCCAAAGUGCCUGUAGGCGUACAUAUGGACCAUGCGCAGACACCCGAAAUUGUUAAGAAGGCCGCGGAUCUUGGUGGUUUUGACGGCAUCAUGGUCGAUAUGUCGCACUACGAGAAAGAGGAGAAUUUCCGCUUGACAAAAGAAUUGGUCAAAUACUGCAACGAGAGGGGCAUCAUUACCGAGGCGGAGCCGGGCAGAAUUGAUGGUGGUGAAGAUGGUGUAGGAGAUGUAUCGGCGUUAGGUCUAGAGGCUAUUCUUACGACCCCCGAGCAAGCCGAAGAAUUCGUCUCGCUGGGCAUCAAUUGGCUUGCCCCUGCUUUUGGCAACGUCCACGGCAAGUACGGGCCAAAGGGACCACAACUCGACUACGACAGAUUAAGUCGUGUCCAUAAGCAGGUUGGAGAUAGGGUGGGUCUCGUACUACACGGUGCCGGUACCGAGUGGUUCAGUAAUAAGGAGAUGCUGCAAAGCGUGAUCCAGCGUGGAGUCGCAAAAAUCAACCUGAACGACGCCAUUAACGACGACUUCACAAAGAUCAUGGCUGAAAAGGCGUCGAAUACACCUUUAACGACGUUGCUGGAGGAGGCAACGGAUGCAAUGCAAAAGUCUGUUGAGGAACACAUGGAUUACAUGGGCUCGACCGGACAGGCGUGCUAA